UUAUUAUGUGAUCAUGAGACUUUUGUGACCUUCACUGGAGCGGCAGAGUGUUUUCCAUGUGUGCGAUAAAAUGACACGGAGUCGUUGUGUCUUCAAUUAGCCAGCAUUGAAAAAAAAAAAGAAAAAAAAAGAAAAGAAAAGAAAAAAAAAGUGUUUUCAAUCUCCCUCGUACUGGUGCAACACUGGGCAUGUGUGCGAAGCCGUAGUCCAGCCCCGCAAACCCGCCCACCACCCUCCCUCUACCCCUUCGGUGCGUCUCGGUCCGCCCGCAGCAGUCUCCUUCCCCGGCGAGGUUUUCACUACAGAGAUGGCUGCGAAAGUGUGCAGAUCGGUCCUCCUGUUGUCCCGGAGCAGCGGAGCGGCGGCCGGCAGCCUCCCCGCACUUGUUGUCUCUUCACAGCGACACCAUCAGCACAUAAGACCGCAGGAGGUACUGCCUUCUCCGUUCGCCCGUCAGACUGUCAGGAGAGCACAUGGCCUACGGUCAGCAGCCCACUCCACGCUCUUCACCCAGCCUCCCACCGCCCUGCCUCCACAGGUUUGGAGGGGCGCCCCCUCAUGGCAUGGCCAGAGACUGUUGUGUACCUCCGCUGCCUCAGAUGAGGUGACAGUGGUGUAUCAGAACGGGCUGCCGGUGAUCUCAGUCAGUUUGCCGUCCAGGCGAGAGCGCUGUCAGUUCACCCUCAAGCCUCUCAGUGACUGCGUGGGAGUCUUCCUGCAACAGCUCCAGGCAGAGGACAGAGGCAUCGACCGGGUAGCCAUCUACUCCACGGAUGGAGCCAGGGUCGCCUCCUCCACAGGCAUAGACAUCCUGCUGCUGGAUGACUUCAAGCUCGUCAUUAACGACACCACACACCUCGUGCGGCCACCGAGGAGAGAGCUGCUGCCCCACGAGGAGGCGGAGAGGCUGAAUGACGUCAAGUUCCUGGUGCAGCAGCUCUACACCACCCUGCGCAUCGAGGAGCACCAACUCGGCAAAGAGCGCGAGCUGAUCGGACGGCUGGAGGACCUCAACUCUCAGCUCCGCCCCCUGGAGAAGGUGAGGGAGGAGCUGAGUAAGAAGGCGGAGCGACGCACCACCUUGGCGAUGUGGGGCGGCAUGGCGUACAUGGCCACCCAGUUUGGCAUCCUGGCCAGGCUCACCUGGUGGGAGUACUCCUGGGAUAUCAUGGAGCCCGUCACCUACUUUAUCACUUACGGCACAGCCAUGGGCGUAUACGCCUACUAUUUGCUCACACGCCAGGAGUACGUUUACCCCGACGCUAGAGACAGACAGUAUCUGCUGUUCUUCCACAAGGGGGUGAAAAGGACACGCUUCGACAUUGAGAAGUACAACAAGCUGAAGGAUGAUAUCGCUGAGGUGGAGUUGGAUCUGAAGCGUCUCCGGGACCCGCUCCAGCUCCAGCUCCCAGUUCAGCAGCUCGCCGCCAGUAAGAAUUGAUGGGAAGAGUGACUCCCUCCUCUCUCAGCUCCUGCAAAACCCCCUCUUCCUCUCUUCCCUCCAGCCGUCCAACCGCCCUUCUCCCUCUCGCCCUCCCACCCCAAACUAUUCCCUCCCCCAUCCCUCCCACACCCAAUAAGCCCCAUCCCUUUCUUGGCAGUGGGAGUUAGUUUUUUCUCCUUUUGUUUUCUCCUUUUUUUCUUUUUGUUCUUUUCUUUUUACUUUCUUGACUGAAAACUCCAGUUGGAAUUGCAAGUGAAAACCCGCUAAAAAAAAAAGAAAAGAUGAAGACGGAUGGUGAGAAUACCGGGAACUGAAAAGACUCUCACAGCCAAAAAGGAUGGCGAGGACGAUGAAAAGGACAAUGAUGAUGAUGAUGAUGAUGACGACGAUGGGAUGACACUGGGCGCUAUGGAUACGCCUCAAGUCUCCUGGGAGGUGGGUAAGCCUGCAAGGAACUCCUGGGGGCAAACAGGAAUUAUCACACCUUGGGACACUCCAGAACGGAGGACACGCAGAGGGGGCAGUCACUGUUGAGUGUGUGUGUUUGUGGGACUCUCAGGGCGCACUGGGACACCUGACCCUGGCCACUCCAGCAGUGUAGUCCUGCUUCCUCUAGCAGUCAAACUGUCAACACACACACACACACAGCUCCUCUUGGUUAUGGGGCAGGCUCCAGGGAGAGUCUCCAUCCCCACACGUUAAAGUUUACAAGGAAGUCCGAACUGCGGCCGCAUCAUCAGGAGGGACCUUCGAAAGGGGGCCUUCCCGCGGCUGAACUCUGCUGCCUCUCCCUCCCUGGGCCACGCCUUCACCAGGUGACGGACAGCUGUCCCCCUCACCGCGUGACCUUCGUCAGGAGCCUGUCCGGACUCGCAGGAUGCAGGCACGACGACGACGAUGACGACGGCGACGCCUCGCUUCCUCUUCCUGUUGAUGUCCUGUAGCGGCCCGGUCUGUCUGCGCAAGUCUGAGAGUACUACCGACAACAACAUCACUGUGUGUUCUUUUAUUCCAAAAAAAAAUAUUUUGGCACUUUUUAUUUUGAAAGCCAUAGUAUAUUUGUUAUGAAAAAGAAUAUAAAUAUAUAUAUGUAUACAAUCAAAUAAACAGAUGACCAGAGGCUAGUUUUUUUUUUCAGUGGGGGGAGGAACUCUCGUAUCAACAUCGGUUUCAUUAGCAUUUACACCCGCUGAAGCUCUCUCGAAAUGAAGGAAUCCGACGCACACUUCACACACAAAGAGCAUUAUCACUGUGUGCACUCGCCACCUUGGACGUGAGGCUCCUGUGCACGGCCACCAAAGGGGAGGGGGGGGUGCGGGGGGUUGAUGGGGGAAGCGGAAGCUGAAUCUGGGUGGAAAAAAAAAGGCUUAAUUUGAUUGGAACUGAUUGUUUUUGAGCAACAGAGAAUAUCGGCGGGGACAAUGCCAUGCUUGACCUCUAUAAUCACCUCAUGAAUACAGAUUGCUGCGGAAAUGCUUAAGAUAAUGAAGGGGCUCGAAAUGUUUAGCGAUCAAACCCACAGGCAUGUAAUGGCACAAUCAGUCUGAUAAAUCUGAAAGUACCGUCGGAGGUGGAUGAUGACCGUUUUUUUCCGGAGUUUUUUCGGUGACCCCGGCCUUUUAGCUUCGCUGCAUGCGACGUGCAUUUCAACAUCGGAAACUUUUUAUGAUUCACCCUCGGAUAACGAAAAGGCUGCACCUCCAAAAACAAAAAGAAACGCCGUGAUUCACAGGGGCUUUUUUCAGAGUUUUCUCCUCCCACUGUUGCUGUAAUGCCCCCCCCCUGCUCCCGCGAUGGCAAGGCAGGGUAGACUGCAUGCUGUGGUAUGCCCUCAGUAGAAAAAAAAAAUUGUGAAUGUGUAGGAGCAUUAUUGCAAUUUUUGUACUUAAAUUGGACACUUUUCUUUGCCACAUCUAGCUGAAGUCUCAUCCUCCCUCCUCCCCCUCCGAAGGUUGUAGAAGCCAUAUGUUUUCUCAUAAGUUGUCCAUUUUGUUUGGGAUGGUCACAGAAUUCAACCCUUCGUUCACUUUUAGUCUUCUGUUCAGGGUGAGGAUUGGUGACCCCUUCUCUCCAAGGUCCCCCAAUUCCACGCCUCCAAAACAAAACUCACUCUGAGCUGCUGGUCGAUCACCUGAAAACGACCCCCCCCCACCAUGUUGGUCACCUCCUGCUUGUGUGGACAGUCGUCCGAGUCCUGCUGAAGAGAUCCUUGAGUUCUACUGCAGAUUUUCUAUUAAAAUGCAUGAUUUUAGGUCAAAUCAAAAGUUAGCCAUGCAGAUCUCAAGGCAGGAUUUGGUCUAAUCUGCUACAGUGUGUGCCAGUGUGUGUGUGCGCAUGUGUGUGCGUGUGUGUGUUUUGUUCUCCAAGGGAAAUGGUGCCUUUCGGAUGAUUGAUGAUGGUAUUAGUUAAUGUAGCAAUUUGAUGAACAGCAGCAUUAAGAUCAUUGGUUUCUUACUGAGAUGCCACCUUCAUAUCGAGGAGGGUCGACACUUCGAAUGUUCGCCAGUGGAAAUUCAAAGUGUCACUGCGUGUCCGUGAGCACACUUGCGUUUGUUGACGAGUGCGAGUGCGCCUGCGGGGGCAAAGUUCAGAUCACCAUAUUCAUCACUCCUUUGCCCCUAAUCACCUCCUCGUCAAUAGAGGUGAAGAAAAAAAAAAAAGAUAAAAAUCAAUUCCGCCCACACUCCACUUCAUAGCAGACAUCGGCUUUAAACACAUCAUGACACACACACACACACACACACACCGCACACACAAAGUGACGACGGUGUUUCCUUGGAGAUGUACCGUGGGAGGUGAGAGAGUUGAGGCCUCUGUCUGCAGUCCAGUCUUCCCUUCCGCUGUUUCCGCACUCCUCUCCAUCAUCACCUCCUCCUCUUUAUCACGCCAUCCACCGUUCAGCGCCUUUUUUUUUUUCUCUCUCUUCGUUCCUUUACCUUCGUUUUACUUUCUAAAAACAAAAAUAUAUCAAAUAUAGGGAAACUUUAUUAUAAAGAGGGUGUUGCAUGAAUGUAUGUUUACAUGAGAAAUUAUGUGAAAAUAACAAAAAAAAAGAUGAAUUUAUCAGAAAAAAAAAGAUAAUUUAAAGAACGUUGUUUGUAGAGAUUCCUAGCUAUAAAGGGGCAGUGGACAGGGCUGCGUCUUUAGAAUCUGCCCUGCCAAAUCCGACUUAAAAUCUCAGCCAACCCCAUCCCAUCUACACCUUAUUUACUCCAUCGACCCCUCCCUCAGCUAUACUCCCCCAGUGAAUGGAAAGACACCCUCCAUCCUCGGUGCACCUACAAAAGGAGGAGACCUCUUGACCUCAGCUUCUAACAUCCUGGAUACGAGUCCAAAGGUAAAGUGUCAGGCUGCACUCUGUUAGCAUAUCGGGGAAACGCCCCAUUCCCGUCCACCUUCAGCCUUUUUUCCUCCAAAGUCACGUUAUUCUUCUAUGUUUUGAAUGUGUGUUCUGUUUCGAAUACCUUGUUUUUGUGCAUUUACAAUAAACUACGUUUCAAAAUGCCUAAAGAGUGACGCAGUAUAUAGGAUUGAAAUGAACUUGUUCUCCAUUCUGACCUCUUGUUUUGUUCAGUUUCUCUUUUCUUUUUUUUUCUUCGGUUGACAUAUGAUGCUGUAAUGUUGGCAAAAAAGAAAAUGUAAAAUCCUGUAUCAUUUAUGAAAUAUGUAUAAAAGAGAUAUGUAAUUCAAUUAUCAAUAAAAUCCUUAUCCAGUUUUUGGA